AUGAAACGAGCAAACAGUGAGAAUUCGGGAGGAAGUACGGCUGAAAGCAGCGGACACAACACUCCGGAAAAUGACGAACCCGGUUUUCCUCCAACAAAACGGCUACUCGCAAGGUCUGAAGAAAGAGGUGACAGUGACACAGAAGAAAUACGACAAAAAAUGAAUGGUUGUGGACGAGUGAAUGGUGAAGCAAUUGAAGAAGAUCGAAUCGCUAUUCUUGAUUCUGGAGCCCAAUAUGGAAAAGUUAUUGAUCGACGUGUUCGUGAGCAAAAUGUCUUCUCGGAAAUGUUCCCCCUUGCCACAACUGCCAAACAAAUAUGCGAAACGGGAAAAUUCAAAGGAAUCAUUAUUUCUGGAGGGCCUAAUUCAGUGUAUGCUCCCGGUGCGCCAACGGUUGACCCAGCGAUAUUUUCUUGUGGUUUGCCGGUGUUUGGCAUUUGUUACGGAUUUCAGUUGUUAAAUAAAUGGGCUGGUGGUGGAGUGAGUCGAGAAAAAGUACGGGAAGAUGGUCAAACAGAAGUACGAAUCGAGAAGGAUUCACCAAUUUUUGAAAAACUGGAAUCAACAGAAAGGGUAUUGCUUACGCAUGGAGAUUCGGUGAGUCCAGCCACGGUUGCUUCAGGAUUCCGAAUUAUUGCUUCAAGUGGACAACAUGUUGCCGGUAUUGCACAUGAGAAAGAGCAUCUAUAUGGAGUGCAAUUUCAUCCCGAAGUCGAUCUAACUCUUCACGGCCGACAAAUUUUUCACAAUUUUCUCUACAACAUUUGCAAGUGUAAAGGAGGUUUCACUAUGCGAAGUCGGGAACAAAUUUGUAUUGAUGAAAUACGGCAAACUGUUGGAGAAGAAAAUAAAGUUUUGGUGCUCGUUUCUGGUGGAGUUGACUCUGCUGUCUGUGCUGCUUUAUUACACAAAUCACUUGGAAAAGACCGUGUUACAGCUAUUCACGUUGACAAUGGUUUUAUGCGCUACAACGAAUCCGAUUCGGUAAUCAAAAGUUUGAAUGCGUUGGAUUUGAAUGUGCACAGGUAUAAUUCGUGGCCAGAAUUUUUUCUGGUACCG